AAUCAGGCACGCGCUCCCCUGGCAACGUUGAUAGUAACUGGAUCCAAGGCGUACCACCAUAAUGUUCUCAGCUUCUCGCUUUGUAAAUAAUUAAACAUGCCAUAGAAAGUAACGGAAACUUUCUCAGACUUUCAACAUGACAGAAGCAAUGCAAGGAUUACUGGCAGAUGCCAAAAAAGGCAGAUAUUCCAGCAUUCGUGACAGUUUGUCCGAAGAUGAUGUUGCCAGUGUCUGGGAAAAUGUAUCGGCAUUUAUUGACAAGCAGAUGUCACAACAAAAGGGUGUACAGAUACCUGUUCUGGGUACAUUCACAUUUUCUCAGAAGAAAUUAGAUAUUGGAAAUAACAAGUUUGUUCUGAUACAACGACCAGUAUUCAAUAUCUCAGAGAAAUUUGCCCAAACUCAUGGACUACAGUUCACAAAGUAUCAUGUACCAGGUCAGAUCCCAGUGGUGCCUCUUAAUUUUGCUGCUCUGUCAUUUGAAACUCCAUUUGAUCGUGACACUGUGGAACGUUGUGUGAAGGAAAUCCUUAAUGCAGUAUCCCGAGCUGUUGGUGCCAAAAGAAAUGUUGAACUUACGUUUACUGGAAUAGGAAAAUUGUCUGUUCGUGAAAACAGAGUGAAGAUGAAAUUUUUCAAAGAGUUUGUUCGGCAAAUGGAUGGAUCAGGGAAGCUUGUGGAUGCCCUACAAAAUUCACUAGAACAGACAGAAUGGCGCCCAGGGACUGUGGAUUCCGUCAUAUCAGAACGGUGUUUCUCUCGACCUCUAACCAGCAACACCCUUGUUCUUCCAAAUGGAUCUGGUAAUCACAGAAUCACCGCAUCGAACAGCAAUGCUUUGAUAGCAGGAUGUCUUGAACCAGUAGCAGAGACUGAAGAGGGUGUGGUGGAUACUCUUGGGGAGGGCCCUGGACUGAUUGGGGACCCCCUUGACCAGGCCCCUGACCCCCUGUCUGCCGAGGUGGGAGGGGAUAUUCCUGCGGAUGUCCUUGCAGCAGCUGUAGCAGAGGACCAGGCUAUGGAGAUCCAGGCUGCUGAGAACAUGGCCCAGUCCCAGGCUAUAGUCACAGAGGAACCCACGGUUGGCGACAUCUACACCGCCACCGCCAUCGACAACAUCCUUAAUGACGGUGAUGAACAGCCCGCUGUCAACACUAUGACCAAUGCUGGACUUGGACCAGACACUUCUGAUGCGCCCCAACGGCCUGUGGGUCCUGUACGAACUUUGUCACGGAUGGCGAUGCCGCUGCCCAAGGCUAGUGGAGUGUGUCUACUGGAUGAUCUACAAAUAGUGUCAACGCGGUCCUCCAGACCACCAACACCGCCAUACCUCGCCAAGUCCUCUCCUGCUCCACUACAGGACACGUAUAUGCCUCAGCCUCCAGUGAUGGACAAGCCAAUGUCCGCUGGUCAGUUAGCUCCUCUGGAGAGAGGGGUCACCUUUGACCAAACUGCCAUGGACCGAGCUCGCCAACACAGUGCAAGUUGUGGCCACCCUCACGCUGGCCAGGAGCUGUGUUACCUGUGUCAUCAGCGGGCCCGCCGCAACAUCCCUGUGUCAUUCGGGGAGGAGCGUCGGCGUCGGGAGGAUGAGGAGGACAGAUUGCUGCAGCAGUACCAGGCCAUGAAGGAUGCGGAACAAACCAUCUCGGAACAUGAGAACAACCUGUCUAAGCGACAUGACCUUCAGAAAAUGGCAGCCUUCAAUCUUGGAGUAGCAGAUGCUACAAUUCAGAAGAAGAAGGCGCGAGAUGCAGAUUUCCAAAGAUCCUACAUAUUCCAGCGAAGACCCUUGACACCACCAAGGUUCCCUAAGCAGCAGGAAUACUUCAAGGACUUGGCCUCGCAGGUUGAUGUGAAGGAUCAGACAAAACAGAAGCGUAAUGCAGACGAGGCCUUCUUCGAGAGACUGGAGCAAGUGCAGCUGGCAGAGGAUCUGGCAGCACAGAGGGAGCAGUACUUGAAGGACAAAUUUGAUCAAACCGAUGUCUACAAGAAGGCUCUCGAUACACAGAUACACCUGCGGGACAGAUUCCGCAAAAACGACGGUCUUCUCCGCUCUCCCGAGUAUCCUACACCACGCUGUCCUCUCUUCUCUCCUGAUCUCUCAUACUCUCACCUCACUGUACCACCGCCUAAUGUGCUGCGGCCAUUUGCAGAAAUAGCAGCCAUUGAAAGUGCCUCUCCGUUUACACUGCCUAUGCUGCGUUUCAAGCCUGUCCCAAUGCCCUCCGCCGAGGCUGACUCCGAGGUGUUUGGGAAGAAUGACAUGAACAAUGAGAAGAUGGCUGAGAAACGACGACGGGCACACAAUCUGUUCCGAGAACAGCAGGACUUCGUGGCACAAAAGAAGCGAGAUGUCAUCCUGAAACGUCUGUCUGAGCAGAAGGAAGAGGAGGAGACUCUGAGUCGUACCAGGAAGGAAUUGCUCAAUGACAGAGCCAACCGUCACAACAUGCGCUUUUUGUCUCGCCGCCGACUGGAAGAUGACUGGUCUAAAUCUGCAGACAUGAAACGAGGAAGAGAGUUGGAGGAUCGACUUCGAUCUCUCAGUCCUGGGAUGCUGGUGCAUGAGCAGUGUGACAAGUAUCACCGCUGUCGUCAGUGUCUGCGCCAACUUCGCAACUGUGGCGAGUCAAACAUCUGGAGCGAGUCACGAUACAUUCCUGGAUCACGACUCAUGGUCUAAUCAUGGUCGGUGGAAUGAUUAUCCCUAGUCUCUGUCUAGGUCUUGAGAGGUUUCGCUGCAUCAUUCUAUUGCACCACUUGUGCAGGUCUUCAAGGAAAAUUCAUUUUAUAUCCAAUGGCAUUGUUUUGGAAUGUUUUGACGGAAUGUAUUUUUAACACUGGUCUUCACUGAUUGUUUUGCAAAUUACCUCAUAAUGGUACAGGAUUUGAUAAGAUGAGUUUUGCAGAUCUCAUAAUUUGGUACAGAUUAUUUAAUGGUACCUGGUCCAGUGGUGUUAAUUGUUAGAUGUUUUCGUUCAAGGCCGAUUGAUUCAACAGAUUGUGAUACGUAUACUAGUUUGUGAUGCCUUGAUGUUGUGUUUGUAAAAUGGCAGAAAUACUUUUACCUGCCUGCUAUGAAACAAACCAUCUGUGAUAACAGUAUUAUUUAUAAUCAUAUUGCAUUCAUGUACCUGUCCUGUGUUCUAUAUAGCUAUUUUAGUUAACGUUUAACAUUUUGUACAUGUUGUAACGAUUAUACAUUUAUUAUUUGCUGUGAUACAUUUCAUGUACAUACACGAUCAAAUACACUUAGAAAUACACUGGAAAUCUAUUGGUUUGUAUGAUGUAUUUUAUUCUAUUUUAAGUUUUUUUAAUACAUUUUCUAUGUGAUGGAUUGGUUUUGUCCCAAAAAGCUGAAUUUUCCUAAAUAAAUUUUCAUUGCUAACCAUGAUACUGCUGAUCUGUAUGCAAAUUUUGUGCAUAUUUAGUUUGUUUACCAUAAACACUUAUUUCAGUAUGUGUAUUUCUCACUGUGUUGUCUGUGAAGGCUUGAGUUAACAUCAUGAGUAAUCAGAAUGUCAAUGUCUUGCAUGAUUUCUGUAAUGUUGGAGGGUUUCGUCAUUAACAAUGUUGCCAACAUUAAAUCAUGUACUUGUA